AUGUUAAAUGGUGAAGAAUCCGAAUUACAUUUUGAAAAUAUACGAAAUUCGAAAAUUCAAAUACGUAAAAGUGAUCCACAAAAUGCAUUCGUCGUUUUAUAUUCUGUUAUCGAUAAAGCGAGCUUUCAAAAAGCGGAAACGGAAUUGAAUAGACUCGUCGAUUUAGAUUUGCUAAGAACGAGGCCGGCCAUAUUAGUUGCUAAUAAAAUUGAUUUAGCAAGAAGCAGAGCUGUAUCGGCUCAGGCAAAAAACAAGAAAAAAGAAAAAAAUUCGAAUCAAUUAAAAUAA